CAAGAUGUUCGGAAUAAAGGCCAGUCAACAUGUGCUCAUGGUCUGGAGUUCGCCUGUGAAUGCAGAGGAAUUGCAGACGUUUGUUGGAGACCUGAAGUCUACUGUUGGAGACGAAGGAAAAGUAGCUGUUGAAAAUGCUGAUAUGUUAACAAGUUCCAAUCACACUGCAAGUUCGUUUGACCAUGUGUUAGUAGGAGUUCUUCCGCCAUUCACUUUCCAAUGUCCAGUAGACCUUUUGGGGGAAGUCUUGCGUACCCUGAAACCUAAGGGUUCCUUAACCAUGAGAACAACAGAUGCUGCCAGCACACAGUCAAAUUUAAAACUCGGUGGUUUUACCUCAGUGUCUGAACCAAGAAAUGCCAACCUCACAGACGAGCAGAAGAGAGAUGUUACAGUGCCUGUUUUUGAGGUCACGUGUUUAAAGCCAGACUUUGAAGUUGGGUCUGCCAUGAAACUCUCCUUUGCAAAGCCAGCAGCAAAGGCUCCAGCAAAUACUUGGAACAUUGACCUAAAUGACGAUGAUGUAGACUUGGCUGAUCCUGAUGACUUGUUAACAGAGGAAGACUUGAUUCGACCAGACCCAACGAGCUUAAAGGUUUGUGGGACAACCGGGAAACGGAAGGCCUGCAAAAAUUGCGUGUGUGGACUGAAAGAGGAGCUCGAUGCCGAAGAUAUGAAGAACAAGGAAGCAACGAAGAAGGACUUUAAAUCAUCGUGUGGGAGCUGUUAUCUCGGGGAUGCUUUUAGGUGUGCUUCCUGCCCUUACCUUGGCAUGCCUGCUUUUAAACCCGGGGAAAAGGUAAAACUCGAAGAAAAGACAUUGCAGGAUAGUACCUAAGGGAUCGUAAUUUUACACUAGAAGUCAAGCAGUCUCAUGGGCUUGAUUGUAGAAAUGAGAUAUAAGUAAUCGUAUAUAAAUUAUAUAUUUUUUUUGCUACUUAGUAAAAAAAAAAUGGUUGUUUGUGCUCACAUAGUCUCAUGAGGUGUGUUGUAAAACUGAAAUGAAAUUAUAUAUACAUGAUUAUUUUUUAUGUUUAUUUGUUUUUGGGAUGUAUAUAUGAAACGAACUGGCACAGGUAGCAAACUUAUGUGCAGGAAUUCAUGGUGACCUCUUAAUAAAUAACAAUUUAUCAGGUUUAUAUUGCUAUUUGGUAUGUGUAAUAUUUGUUUUAAGUUUCAUGUUGUAUUAUGUUGUAUUAUAAGUUCAGUCUAAAAAGUAAACUUGAACUACAUAGGAUUGUGGGAUAAUCAAAUCAUUUUGUAUCAGUAGGUUGUUCCUUUUGCAAUUCGUAAAGUAUUUCCUGUGUUAGAUUAAUGAGAUUGUAUUGAAAAAUGAUUUUGAUUUAGGUGCCUCAAGAAAGGUUAGUGAGAUCAGUCUUAAUUUUAACUCCAUACCUUCAUCAAAGGAAUAUUUAUCUAUACUAUUUCCUAUAAUUUAUGGUGUAUUUCUGAUAAUAAAACAAAUCCUGUAAAAAAUAAACCUGAAUGAUAUUAAUA